UUUCCACAAAUCCAUUCUUAAUUUUCACGUAUGUCGGAACAUUACAGCUAUUGCACAUAAUUUCCUAAUAUUGCGAUUCGUUAAGCAUUCAAACCUCUGAGGCUCUGACCAAGAACUCCUGUGAUGCCGUUCGGGUUUUGUUAGAAGCAUUGUUGAAAGAUGAUGGUUCUGUUGUUAUUAUAUUGUUAGAAGCAUCUAUGAUAGGUUUACAAAUUAUAAUUAUCUUUGACCAUUGGAGGCCAAAGAGGAUCAACUAUAGGUCCUAUAAGAAAAUCAUAUAUACAUUUGCAUGCUCAAUUUAUGUAGCCAAUGGCUAAUUCUCUAGUAGAAGCUGUGAUGUUAACCGUUCCAGAACCACCAUCCAGGAAGAAAACAUGCAAGGAUCAAGCCACAAAAACAGAUGACCCUGAGAAUUCUGUCACCUUUGUUUAUCAGACCAAAGUAGCAGAAUCAUUACGAUGUGUAACAGUUUCAUGGUGCAAGAACCCCACAGACCAUUUCCUUUCCAUGAGCGUGGAGAACACCUUGGAAGAAAACAAGUACACCUGCAAGAUUGAUUUGGAAUCAGGGCAGUCUUGGGGGAAAAAGGGUCUUAGAUCCUUUGAAAUACAAGGUGCAAGAGUAGACAUUUUCUGGGAUCUUCGGAAGGCGAAAUUCAACACAAGUCCACAACCAUGCUCAGGUUAUUACGUUGCCUUGGUGUACAAGAAAGAGGUGCUUUUGUUAUUGGGGGAUUUGGAGAACGAUGCUUAUGAUAGAACCAAAUCAAAACCAUCCCCUGAAGAGGCUACCUUGUUGUGCAAGAGAGACAAUGUGUAUGGUAAGAAGCUGUUUUGCACCAGAGCCAUUCUGGAAGAUGGUAAUAGUAAGACAGAACAUGAUGUUGUGAUUGAGACUUCCCUUUGUGGGCCUGAUGAUCCAGAAAUGUGGAUUAGCAUAGAUGGGAUGUUGGCCAGUAGAAUAAUGAACUUGCAUUGGAGAUUCAGGGGGAAUGAAAUAGUGAUGGUUAAUAAUUUGCCUGUGCAAAUAUUUUGGGAUGUGCAUGAUUGGCUCUUCAAUGACCUUGGUUCUGGCCCUGCCUUCUUUGUUUUCAAGCCAGGUUUUGUGGAAACGACUAGUGAUUCUAAUGGCAGAGAAUGCUCAGGAAGAAGCGGGGGUAGCAGCAUGUGUGAAUUGCUAGAGGAGAAUCCAUCCUCCAAAGGUUAUUGCCAUUUUCUAUAUGCUUGGAGAAUGGAUUGAGAUUAAUUUGUGUUCUACAAAAAGUUGUUUUUUUGUUUGUUUGUAGUAAAGUAUAAGUGCUACUUUCAUAC